AUGGCGAUUGUCACCGGAGAUCGCUAUUUGGACAAACUCGUCAAGUUCGUCGAGGAAGAGGCCGGUCAUCUCAUCGAAGGACCCUUGGUCUUGAAGCUAAAUCCGGCAGGGCUUCACUACGUUCAAUCCAGGCUCGAGGCUCUGCAUGAGGUAGAGAGUCUUCUCGUCGGAGCUCCGGUCGACUACCUCCGAGCCUACGUCUCCGACCUCGGUGAUCAUCGCGCGCUUGAGCAACUCCGGAGGAUCCUUCGCCUUCUCACUUCGCUCAAGGUGGUUUCCGUGUUGCCACCUCCUGUUAGAGAUCCCACGCCCUUGUCGUUUUUGCCGUUUGGGCGGUUGAAGGUUCUGGAGCUCAGAGGUUGCGACUUGUCAACUUCCGCCGCAAAAGGCUUGCUCGAGCUUAGGCAUACUCUCGAGAAGAUUAUUUGUCAUAAUUCUACCGAUGCUCUGCGGCAUGUAUUUGCUAGUAGGAUAACAGAGAUAAAGGAUUCUCCUAAAUGGAACCGGUUAUCGUUUGUGUCUUGUGCAUGCAAUGGUUUGGUUCUCAUGGAUGAGUCUUUGCAGCUUCUUCCUGCAGUGGAAACUCUUGAUCUUAGCAGGAACAAAUUUGCAAAGGUUGAUAAUCUGCAUCACUGUACCAAAUUGAAGCAUUUGGACCUUGGUUUCAAUCACCUCAGAACAUUUGCUCCCUUCACCCAGGUCUCAUGUCAUAUUGUUAAACUUGUUUUAAGGAACAAUGCUCUAACUACUUUGCGAGGGAUUGAGAAUUUGAAGUCACUUGAAGGACUUGAUGUUUCCUACAAUAUUAUUUCCAAUUUUUCAGAGCUUGAGUUCCUUGCGGGCCUUUUGUAUCUAAAAAGCUUGUGGUUGGAAGGAAAUCCUUUAUGUUGUGCCCGAUGGUAUAGGGCACAUGUAUUCAGUUUCUUUGUCUACCCUGAAAGGUUAAAGUUAGACGAGAAGGAAAUUAAUGCUACAGAUUUUUGGACGAGACAAAUAAUUAUUGCCAGUAUGCAUAAGCAACCUGCCAGCUUUGGGAUUUAUGUACCUGCCAAGGAUGAGGCUAUAGUGGAAGGUGGAAAUAAUAGAAGGAGAAAGGUCUAUCGUGUUGCCAGCAUUGAGAGUGAAGGAGAGAUUACUAGUAUUUGUUCUGAUCCAGAGUCUCAGUCACGCGUGAAUGAAACUCAAAAUAACGAGGAUCCUAAUUUAUUUGACGAUGAAGCUGAAAUAGCGGAUUUGAUGAAUAAAGUUGAACACAUGAAGAAAGAGCGUUCUAUUCUUUGGUUGCGGGAAUUUAGAGACUGGAUGAAUAUUUCUUCUGACAAAUCGGCAGAAAUUGGGAAAAAGGGUAGAGGUAAAUCACACCAUCAGAAAGAUAAUUUCUUCAGAAACAGUGCAAAUCAAGAGCAACAUGGUGAAGUCUCAAGAUAUGCAUCAGACUCUAUUCUAGCUUCAGGUGAUGAGAGUAGCUUGAAUAUUUUAGAAUAUGAUAGUUCUUUUGCAGAUAUGUCUGCUUGGUUUCAUAGACAGCAAUACUUUGACUGCCAAGGAUCUCUUGGUAAUGCUAGUGGGGCCUCUCUUUCUGACUUAGGGGGAGUGGAUUUGGAACGUUUCAAAGCUUUUUUUUCACUUCAGGGAAUUAACACACCCCUCUCACAAUCUAAAAAUUCUCAUUCUGACACCAUUGCCACCCAUGGAGCAGAUUUAAGGACUGAAAAUGUCAACUUAUCUCCAUUGACCACUAUUGAUGAUGUAAAUGGGUCUCGGUCAUCAUCUAUAUGUCCCACAUCUCCUCCUCACUUUCAAGAAGACCUUCUUCAUCGCCGCCAUAACUUGGUGGAGGAAAUUUUGCAACUGUCGGCUGAUUCCUUUUCAGUGGCGUCUUCUGAUAGUAACACAAGCUGUAGUGUGGUUGAUUGCACCGAGUUUGAACCACCAGUUCCUGUAGUUGAUAGUCCCCCAUGCAAAAAUGAUGUGAAUGGGAGUGUUGAUGGACAUAUAUCUCUAAAUCAACACGAGGAAGAAUAUUGCAGCCCUAGACAAGGAAUUAUUCAUGCAGGGAAAAAUGACAUUUGUUCAGUUGGUUCAUCCAGUGACCAAACUUCUAAGCAGUGUUCAAUUGAUUUUGCUGCUGGUGCUGGUGACGGCGAUGGUGAGAGUGCACUUUCUGCUAGCCAACAAACUGAUUUGUUUGAGAAAAGAAAAAUCAGAAAAAAAGCCAAGAAGAGAGUUAUUUCAAUAUUUGAAGAUAAUGUAGACAUCAAUGCGUGUGGUCACGGACAAGAGCAGAUGCACCAAGGACAGGUUUCUGGAAAUUUAAGACAAGAAUCAGGUGUUGAUGAUUUCACUGAAUUUAGUUGGCGUUCUUGCUCUACCCUAGACAAUGAUGAUUUUAUCAUCGCAUAUUUCAAUACAAAUAUUGCUGAUUCUGAAGCCAAGGAAGUUUGUAGCCAUUGCAUCCGUUGUAAUUGCAUCCUUCAAAUGGAGACAAACUAUAAAGAAAGGGAAGUUGCAGUAUUGCUGAGCAACCAUAAGAAGCUCUAUGUGCUGCUAAUCAAUGUUGCUUCUGAUGGAUCAGGGGCACUAUUGAGAGUCUUGAGUCGCCACAAAAUGGAAGAAGUUCGGGAGGUGCUUGUUGGAAUGGGCCUUCAGAUGUUAAGGGUAAAUUUUGAGGGUGGUAAAACGUACCUAUUUGUAACAAGAAGCAUUGAAAUGUCAAGAGAGUUACUAUGUACCAUACACGUGUUUGAUUCAUGUGAUGGAAAUGCUAGAUGCUCAUUAAGAAGUUUGGAGCAGGUCCAGGUUGAGUUGUUUAGCCAUCAAAUAUGUGGUGGUUCAAAUUUCAGCAUAUAUCAGUAUGCUAUGGUGCUCAUCUGUUGUAAGAAUGGCAAUGAAGAAUCAUGGCUGUCAAGAUCGCUGUUUGUGAUAGGAGGUUAUGUACUUCUAUGCAUUGAAGAUAUCAAGCAACUAUAUUCAUUUUCAUCAGAUGCCGCGGUGUCUCCUUAUUACAGAAUCGAUUCAUGUUGCUCCAUUGCUGACAUUACUGAGAUGGUGAUUGGGGUUGGUGAUACCUUCUGUGUUACUUUAGGUCUGAAAUGUUCUUUGACAGACUUUUAUCCCUCUACCCGAAUGAACCUUGUAACAAUCAGUCAUGGAGACACGGCCCCAGGCUCUCUGAAAUUAAAGCUUCGGUGGUUCUCGAAAGAUAACCUUUUGCAGUUUGUGUCUUUGGUGAAGGCAUUUCAUGCAGAAAAAACGGGGUCGCCUAUGGUAGUAAGAUGUACAUAG